CCUGCCCGCAUGCGCACAUGGGUGUUCUAAAACGUCAUUUCUUGCCCACUUGCGCACAUUGUUGUGUCGUUUGUCACUGCCUGAUGUGUGACGGCUCCCAAUUGUGCAGUUUUCUGAAAUCGUAGUAAUGGGUAAGAAAGACAGAGGUGAUCGAGAAAGAAAGUCUAAAAAACGUUUGUAUGAAGAGGAAGAUGAUGAUGAUGAAGUUGUGGGCAGUGAAUCCCAAGAGGCCAUACCUGCUGCGGCAGGGAAACAAGUUGAUGAAAGUAGUAACAAACUUGAUGAGUAUGGCGCUAAAGACUACAGGGAUCAAAUGCUCCUGAAGACUGAUCACUUCUCCAGGCCACUAUGGGUGGCUCCGGAUGGCCACAUCUUUCUAGAGGCAUAUUCUCCAGUAUACAAAUAUGCCCAGGAUUUCUUGGUGGCUAUUGCAGAGCCAGUUUGUCGGCCUAGCUACGUUCAUGAGUACAAACUAACAGCCUAUUCGCUCUAUGCUGCUGUGAGUGUUGGGUUGCAGACCUCGGAUAUUGUGGAGUACCUCCAGAAACUCAGUAAAACGUCUGUACCCGAUGGAAUUGUUCAAUUCAUAAAGCUUUGCACCGUCAGCUAUGGCAAAGUGAAACUGGUGCUUAAGCACAAUCGUUAUUUUGUUGAAAGUACAUUCCCGGAUGUGAUUCAGAAGCUCCUGCAGGACCCUUUGGUCCGAGAUUGUCGUCUUCGUGCAGUAGAUGGAACCGACACGGAACUCAUCACUGAAGUCCUGCACAGCAAGUCAGCUAUUUCAAAGACUGUAGCUGAAAAAGAAGCUCCUUCCACCUCAGAUCAGGUAAACAAUGGACAGUCUUCGUCGGAGCAAGUCCCUGAAGACAUCUUUAGCUACUAUGAGCGCAUGGAUAAGGAGGAAGAGGAUGAAGAAGAAACACAGACUGUGUCUUUUGAGAUUCAACAGGAGAAGAUUGAACAACUGCAGAAGCAAUGCAUUGAAAUGGAGUAUCCUCUGCUUGCGGAGUAUGACUUUCGCAAUGAUACAGUGAAUCCAGAUAUAAACAUUGACCUGAAGCCCACAGCUGUGUUGCGCCCCUACCAAGAGAAGAGUCUGAGAAAGAUGUUUGGGAAUGGACGUGCACGCUCAGGCGUCAUUGUGCUUCCAUGUGGUGCAGGAAAGUCUUUGGUGGGUGUGACGGCUGCUUGCACUGUGCGCAAACGUUGCCUGGUGUUGGGAAACUCAUCUGUGUCAGUGGAACAAUGGAAGGCGCAGUUUAAGAUGUGGUCAACGAUCGACGACUCCCAAAUUUGUCGCUUUACCUCAGAUGCUAAGGACAAGCCCAUUGGCUGCUCGAUAGCCAUCAGCACCUACUCAAUGUUGGGCCACACAACCAAGCGCUCCUGGGAGGCUGAGCGAGUAAUGGAGUGGAUGCGCAGUCAGGAGUGGGGCCUUAUCAUACUGGACGAAGUGCACACAAUUCCUGCCAAGAUGUUUCGUCGUGUGCUGACCAUCGUCCAGGCUCACUGCAAACUGGGCCUGACUGCCACUCUGGUGAGGGAGGAUGACAAGAUAGUAGACCUCAAUUUCCUGAUUGGACCAAAGCUGUACGAGGCCAACUGGAUGGAGCUUCAGAACAAUGGCUACAUUGCUAAAGUGCAGUGUGCUGAGGUCUGGUGCCCAAUGUCCCCUGAAUUCUACAGGGAGUAUGUUGCCAUCAAAACCAAGAAGCGUAUCCUGCUUUACACGAUGAACCCAAAUAAGUUCAGAGCCUGUCAGUUUCUGAUUCGUUUCCACGAACGGCGAAAUGACAAAAUCAUUGUCUUUGCUGACAAUGUCUUUGCUCUGAAAGAGUAUGCUGUUCGUCUCAAUAAGCCCUACAUCUAUGGUCCAACCUCACAGGGGGAACGAAUGCAGAUUUUGCAGAACUUCAAACACAAUCCAAAGAUCAACACCAUAUUUAUUUCCAAGGUUGGAGACACCUCAUUUGACCUCCCAGAAGCCAAUGUUUUGAUCCAGAUCUCAUCUCAUGGUGGCUCAAGAAGGCAGGAAGCUCAGCGACUUGGCCGAGUUCUCCGUGCAAAAAAGGGAAUGGUGGCAGAGGAGUACAAUGCCUACUUUUAUUCCUUGGUGUCUCAAGACACUCAGGAAAUGGCUUACUCAACCAAGAGGCAGAGGUUUCUUGUUGACCAAGGCUACAGCUUUAAGGUGAUCACAAAGUUGGCUGGAAUGGAAGAGGAGGACUUGAUGUUCUCUAACAGAGAGGAACAACAGCAGCUACUUCAGAAAGUUCUAUCAGCAUCAGAUAUUGACGCUGAAGAGGAAACUGUUGUGGGGGAGGUUGGAUCACGACCACAGUUUUCCAGACGAACCGGCACGAUGAGCUCCAUGUCCGGUGCAGACGACACCAUCUACAUGGAGUAUCAGAGCAAAAGUAGCAAGGCUGCGGCAUCCAGCAAGAAUGUGCACCCACUGUUUAAGCGUUUCCGAAAAUAAAGUACGCUUGUAUUUUCAGAUUGUGAAAGUCUGGUUUGAUGCCCAGUACAGGACAUGCUCUGGGUCUCUCACAUGAUAAAGCUGUUUUAGUGCUUAACAUUUGUCAAGAUAGGUGGUAGAAAGAAGGUUUUUAUCUUGAUUGAUUGAAGUGUAUUUUACUCAUUAUCAGCUGUUGCACCAUUUAAUCACAAAAUUUUUACUCGCGCUAAAGCAUCUUUAGCAAUGGUUUAAAACAAAAGAAUUGUUUACUCACGCUGUGUAAUUUAACAGUGUGAGCUCCCGGGAGACAGACGGAGGAACUGUGUCCUUGAACUAAAUUCUUAGACCCAGACACUGUAGGUGCGAGUAAACCAUGUGUCUCAUCAAGCAAACCCUUGUGGGGCACGUACCAAUCCGAAGCCACAUGAGAUAAGGUGUCAAUCAAAAUAACGUGACCACUGAAAAAAAAUUAUAAAAGGUGACUGCUGAAAGCAGACGUCAGAGUGCUCCGGAGUUUUAGAGGUGACACACCGGAUACGUGCUCUCACAGCUGCCGCGGGGACCAACGCCUUUUUGUUUGGACUUGUUUUUUUUUGUUUGGACUUGGUGUCUUAUUGAGAAACGGGACAUAGAAAAUUUCAAGACUUUGGCUGUUUUUGUGGAACCUCUGCAAGAGGAAUUUGUGGAUUUCACUUCAAUUACCUUAUUUCUGUUUACUUUUGGAAUAAGUUUCCUUAAGCUGGAUACAUUCUCCGGCCCUGCCACUGGUCCCUCGGAUCAGCGACUCCUCAACCAAACCAAAUAAACACCAACAACGAGUAUUUAACCCCCUUAUCACAUCAGACUGUGAAAGAAUUGGACAUUUCUAUCAGGUAGCAGUUGUUAAGUUUUUUUUUUUAAUCUCUUUUUCUGUAACUAGAAGUUGGCCAUUCCCCAAUAGUGUCUCGCGUUGUGAGUCUUGCGUGAGUUUUUAUAUAUAUUUUUUUAUCAUUUAAUAUUUAUAC